AAUAGCAAGCGCCACCGUCACACAACUCAAUAUCUCAAACAACACAAAAAGAAAAAAAAAUGGCUCUUUUUCUCUGCUUCAUCUUCAUGCUCUUCUCAUCUGCUUCUGCUGCUUGUAACCAAUGUGUCUUAGCAAAAGCUGCUUUCUUUGCUAGCUCUAAAGGUCUUUCAAGUGGAGCUUGUGGUUAUGGUCCUUUAGCUCUGAAUUUAUAUGGUGGACAUGUUGCUGCUGCUCUUCCUCCACUUUACAAGAAGGGUGAAGGUUGUGGUGCUUGCUAUCAGAUAAGAUGCAAGAAAAUUGGUGUUUGCAAUACAAAAGGGACAACAAUAGUUGUGACUGAUAUCCACACUGAUAAGAGCAAUACAACUGAUUUUGUGUUAAGUAGUAGAGCUUUCAGGGCAAUGGCCUUACCUGCCAAAGAUAAACAACUCUUACAAAUUGGGAUUGCAGAUGUCGAAUAUAAGAGGGUGCCCUGUGUUUACAAAGGUCAAAACCUGGCUAUCCGGGUGGAGGAAUUCAGCAAACCUUCUAACUAUUUGGCAAUCAAAGUCCUCUACCAAGGAGGCCAAACCAACAUCUUAGGAGCUGAAGUAGCUUCGGUUAAUCAACCAAGUAACUGGAUUUCGAUGAGCCGAAAUUAUGGGGUUGUCUGGGACACAAGCAAGGCUCCAACUGGGAAGCUUAUGUUCAGGUUUAUCAUUAACUCAGGCUUUGAUGCUCAGUAUUUCUAUACUCAGGAAAUCCUGCCUGCGAAUUGGAAACCUGGUGUCACAUACACCACUAAAGUGCAAAUUAAUAAUGUUGCUUUAGAUGGUUGUACUCCUUGUAAACCCUGGAAAUAAAUCAAACUGCCUUGAUCUCCUAUGAGUAGUAGUGUUGUGGGUCUGAAGGUUUUGUUGUAGUAAGUGUUGUCAGAGCUGAAAAUUGCACCCAAGGAAGCCGAAGAGGGAAGUUUGAUCGUGUCAUGCUUGUUAUCUUUGUAUGUCUCUCAUGAAACUUUAGUUACUUAGUGUGCUCCUUAUAUGAGUUGUUUUAUGAAGCCUGUGAAUCUUAUGAUCCCAUAAUAAUAAUCCAUCUAGUUUUUACUUGCC